AUGGCCCAGGCAAGACAUGCAUCGCAACCCAAACAAGCCCAACCCCAACAAAUACAACAGAAACAACCUUUCCUCAAGCAAUUCACCACCUUCACCAAAACCACCCCCGGCUUCGAGCGAUCCCUACGCCUACUCCAGGCCCUCUCCCAAAUCGCAUCAGACCUCUCCUCUCAUAAUGCCGUAUCAGCUACACGGUGGGCGACGGCUAAGUCGCAGAUAGCAUUGACGCGCCGCUACUUCCGCUUCCUGAAUUUCAUCGACUCGUUCGACCGGGUGUACACUCUCCUCGUGCAUGGCGGCGGCGGUGAUGUCGGGACAGUGAGUACGAUGCUUGACCUUGGGAAAUCGAGUGCGUUGGGUACUUAUGUGCUGCUUGAGGAUUUGACCAUCCUCCACGCAAUGGGCAUAUAUCCCCAAACACCCUGGUCCAGCGAUAUCCAAACCCAAGCAUAUAAAUUCUGGUUCUGGGGUCUUGCGCUAUCUGUUAUUGGGGUGGUUUGGUCGUUCCUUUUCAGCAGUGGCUCCAGUGCUCAAUCAAAGAAAGACGAGAAAGCCACGCCACCUAGCACUACGGCUAGCAAAACGCUUAUGAAGCGGGUUAUUGUUGAUGGAUGUGACCUUGUGAUUCCUGGGUCUUCGCUUGGGUGGAUUGACGUGGGGAGUGAGGUGGUGGGGAUGUUGAUGGUUUUGAGUACGGUUGUUUCAAUGGAGGAUGUUUGGAGGAGGGCCAAUGGCCUGAAUUAA